GCUUGUCACAGUGUCACUUCGGGGCAAAGUAUCUGGUGGAGGUAUCUGGAGAUUUACUGCAAGUCUGGAGAAGAGCCAACGAUCCAUCUUCUUCCCCCACCACAUUCCGCCUCUCCCCAUGACGACACAAAAAUCUCUUGAAGAAACGCGUCGCCAACGACGCUCCACCACAGGGUCUGCCUUCGUCUCCUCUACACGGCAUGACAAGAACCAUCUCCCCGACAAAACUCCUUCACUGCCGCCACAAACCCCUUCUCGUCCUUUCAAUAAUCGUGGCAAGGGUGGUCGUGGGGGACGUUUUCCAGGAGGAAAAGGACGCGGUUACACUUCUGGAAAUCCCUCUCAAAACAGUCCUUCGGGUUGGACAUGGAUGCCCUUUCAACCGUGGGGACAGCCACCCACAUGGACUCCACCCCCAUGCCCAUACCCCACCACUCCAUGGACACCACCCAACAACAGCACUCCAGGUGCAGGUGUUCUCGGACCAAGACCCCAACAAGCAUUCGCUGCUCAAUCUACUCCUGCCGAAGCGCCUAACGGGCUACUUGUUCCCACUGAUAUUGCCCUUGCUAUGCAGACACUUUCUCUCCAACCCCCAGACGACAACUGGUAUAUGGAUACCGGAGCGACUUCCCAUAUGACCUCGGACCCAGGAUUAUCGGACGGGAAGACACCUUAUGAGAUGCAAUAGCACAGGCGAGUUGUACCCUCUGACCAACAACAACCGCCCUCCUUCCACGCCUCAAGCUCUUGCCGCCAUAUCCUCUUCCACCUGGCACAACCGUCUUGGCCAUCCAGGCCAUUCCACCUUCGACACGCUUCGCCGCACCGGUUUUCUUUUAUGCAAUAAUAAUAGUCCAAGUCGUUUAUGUAAUUCAUGUGAACUUGGUAAACAUAUUAAGCUUCCUUUUUCCCCUUCUACAUCUCAAACUUUCUCUCAUUUUGAUUUGAUUCAUAGUGAUUUAUGGACUUCACCGGUUAAAAGCACAAUGGGUCACGGUUAUUA